GAGCGGCAGCAACACAAUGACAGCAACCAAGUCCUUCAAGAUGGAAGCUCCUGACGGCGGCUGGGGCAUCUUCGUUUGCAUAGGCAUGGCCAUGCCAUUUGUAAGCGCGUUGGCCUCAUUGCCAUCUUUUGGCCUGGUCUUCGGCGACUUUCUCAAGAGUAUUGGCGCAGAGACAAGCGCGGUAGCUUUUAUCACCAGUGCCUUCUUCUGCUCCCUCAGCUUUGCUGGACUACUGUCUGGUUCACUUUUCCGGCGUUGGGGAUUGCGGGCAGUCGGACUGACCGGCGGUAUCCUUUACUUCCUUGGUUCCGUCCUGCAGAUUUUCGCGACGUCUACAAUGCAUUUAACGUUCGCCUUCAGCUUGGUGCAGGGGAUUGGCUUUGGCUUAAUGGUCCCCACAUCAUACACAACCUUCAACAACUACUUUGUUAAGAAUCGUGUGCUUUGGAUGAGCUUUGCCCAAUCGUUAAUUGGCCUGGGCUCGAUGCUGUAUCCGAUUGCAAUGCAGAAGCUGCACCAAUACUACGGCUUUCGAGGCUGUCUUAUGGUGUUGGCCGGCAUUAAUGCACACGCUGUGCUGGGUAUGUUGCUCAUGCAGCCUGUGGAGUGGCACAUGCGUAGAGUGCCGCUUGCAGCUGAGGAGUUGCGGUUGCAGCAGUCACCGCCACCAGCGGUGCAUGUGGAGCCCGAGACGCCACUAAGCCCGAUGACAGAGUUACACUUCACUGCGACGCCCACGGAGCCUCACCAACACCUUACACCAUCUUGUCGCAGUCAAUUUGGCUCACGUCGUGUCUCGCGUGCCGAUGAAAACGCGCUGAAGAUUAUUUCCAGUCGAGCCUCCAGCAUCACCAGCCUGGGCAAUUGGUCAGGUCCGGUGGUAGUUACCGAUGCCUCGCCUCAAAUGAUGCACAGUCUACAGGCAUCGCGACGGCCAUCGACUGCCAGUGCAGCAGCUAUGUUAGCCACGUCAACCACUCCAGCAACGUCAACGCCUCCUCAGACCUCGAAAAAGAGCUGCAUGCGCACAGUUGUCGACUUUCUGGAUUUAACGUUGCUCAAGAAUCCCAUCUAUGUGAAUAUGGCAUUGGGAACAUCCUUCGCCUUAUACUCCGAUAUUGCCUUCUUUACACUCCAGCCCAUUUAUCUGUUUGAGUUGGGUUACACGAAGCCCGACGCCGCCAAUAUUAUCGCUAUAGGCGCCGCCGCCGACUUGGCGUCGCGCGUUUUUCUGGCCGUCACCGCCAUAUGCAUUCAAGUGCCAUCCCGUUACAUUUAUUUAGCCGGCGCCCUAUUUACCGUUUUCGCACGAUUUGCUUUCAAUGGCGUUACACAAUUUUUGGGAAUGGCGUGCAUCACAGCUGUCAUGGGUUUCCUGCGUACUUGGGUACACGUUCCGCUCCCGUUGGUUUUUGCCGAUUAUUUGCCGAAGGAACGUUUUGCCAGCGGGUACGGUUUGUUCAUGUUUAUGCAAGGCAACAUUAUGUUUCUCAUCGGCCCUAUUGUAGGCUAUAUACGCGACAGCACAAAGGAUUACAUACUAGUUUUUCAUAUCUUAAACUUUUUCAUGGCACUUUGCGCUAUACCCUGGCUUUUGGAAGUCUUAUACGUUAAAUUCCGUCGGCGAACGGCGAUCGACCGCAAUAAUGUGUGCGAGCACAAUGGAAACGCCAAUAAUACCCUGGCGCACUAAAAAAAUCAAAUCUCAGUAGAAAGGACUCAUACAUGCCUAUAUACAUAUGUACAUACAUGAGCGCAUCACUUACAGAAUACUACAAAAAUAAACUGAUACAUACAUAUGUAUGUAUGUAUGUAUAAAAUAAA